CGGCCUCCGCGGGGCUGAGCCCACGCAGCGCUUUCUCUGCGAGCCCCGUUCGGGCCCUUCAAGGAAGAGGGAGCCUCUUGUACCCUGACCCUACAGGCACGGCUUCUCGGCAGGAGCAGGACGCUUGGCUUGCCGCCGCCAGCUCCUCUCCGAGCCCGCAGCUCGCUCCUUUCCUUCCCCGGCUUCUGCGCUCGCCCAGCGGCUCCCGCUCGUAGCGGGGCUGGUUGGGGGCUCCAUCCUGCGGGGUCCUGGGCGAUGCUGCGGGGAGACAGCGGGCAGCCGGGGCUGGGCCCAGCGGUGCCCCCCCCCCGCCUUAUGGGGCCGGGCCCGUCCCCUCCCACCGCGGCCCCGCGCGUGGAGCCAAGUUCAAACCGCGAGCCCCAGCGCGGCGGAGGAGCGGGACGCAGCGGGGGGCCGGGCUGGGGGCCCCCAGUGCCUGCGCGGCUCCAUGAUUCUCCCCAGGGCGCUUUCCUGCGCUGUGCUGCUGCUCCUGCUCGUCGCCGUGCUGGGCCGGGGCAAGAGGUGCAGCAUCGCCAAAAUCCUGCGGCAGUACCGCGCCGUCAUCUUCCACGAGAUCCAGAACCUGAAAAACCUGAGCGGCUCAGCGGAGAGGAGCAGCCGGGCAGGGCUGGCUUGCCGUUCGGACAAGGACCAGAAGAUCCUGCUGGCCAUCUACAACAUCAGCAUGUCCCUGCGGGACGUGGCGGGCGGCACCCUGCGUGGCCCCGAGGAGGUGGCGGUGUGGAAGGUGGCCAGGAACACCGAGUUCGUGCUCAGGGAGAACUGCAGGAAAAUCGGCAAGCAGAGCCCACCCCGUGCCCCGGCACAGCCCCGCCGCAGGAGGAAGCAGCUGAAGGAGAUCGCGAGGAAGGCGCAGCGGCUGGCGACGUGCUGGGAGAAGCUCUACGCCCUGCACGUGCCCCACCGGGGCUCCUAGGCUGCCUCGGGGACCUCCCCUCACCUCGUCCCCGCGGCCAGGGGGACCGCAGGGGCGUGCGCUCUGGUUUCGUGGCUGACGGCGCCUUGUUUUGGGACCUGGGGGAAAUUCAACCCCGAAGUCAGCUGAGGGGGUACCAGGGGGGGCCCGAAUUUAAUUCAUCCCCUUGUUUCAAGCGCUACCCCAGGGCCUGGCCCCGCUGCACGGGGUGGGUGCUGUAGGGGGUGGCUGCAGCAGCCAGCUGGGCAACCCCAAGCUGGGGGAAGAAGAAGGGGAAGCACAGAAAAAAGAGGAGAGAGACGUGGAUUUCUGUGAUGCUCCUGACCCUGCAUCAUCUGCUGCUUUUUUGGGGACAAUGGUUGCUUUUCUGGACCCAAAGAGGACAAACUGGGCCAUGGGGCUGAGGCUUCUGCUGGCACUGGACUUCUACGCACCCGCAGGUGGCUGAGGGUGCCCAGGGUGCCUGCAGGGUGCCAGCGUGAGCUGCUGCCCUGGCACAAUGCAAACACUGAAACCCACCCCCCCCAGGCAUGGUCAGAGCCUCGGUGCAGCUCUGGCUGCUUGGAGGCAGAGGUUUGGCCUCCGAGCUGAGCACCAGGGCUGGGGGGAACCCAGCACCACCAGGGUUGAGCCCAGCCCCAAGGGACCCGCUUCCAAACCGUGGGAAGCCAGAAAUAAAUCCUCUCCUUCCCUCGCA